AUGAGCUCAUACGAAAGAGAUGUGACAUCUAUAGGAUCAGGUCAGGACAUCGAUAGCCUUGCUUAUAAAAUUAGUGAACGCUCAAAAAGACCUAGUAAUGUAAUGAUGUAUAAUGUUCCCCAUUCCAACUCGUCUAAUCUUCAGGAGAGAAUUGAUAAUGAUGAAAAACAUGUUGCAAAUGUACUGACAACAUUGGGACUAAGUGAAGUUAAGCAAAAUGUCUUGAAAACGGUUCACGUAUGCCAAAUUACCGAACAGAAAGUAAGGCCAUUAAAAGUUGUCUUUACCAGUCCAGAAGUAGUGACGAAACAACAACAAGAAAUUCACAAAAAAGUUCAGACUGAGCUUAAAUAUUGUCAACUACUUAAGUAA